AUGUUGCUGUUGGUGAGCUCUUGCAGUGAACGAGUUUGUCUAUGGGAUUAUCUCGAAUGUGGCUGCUGCAUCUUUGUUCCAGUGAAAAGACUAGAGACUGGAGAUGGAAUGUUUUUCCAGUGGGUGUACUGUGCAGCAAUAUGGUCUGUCUCUGUGGUUGGAGACUUGAUACUUCAGCCACCCAAAUUCCAUCCUUUUGCAAUGAUUGCAGGUGUGCUUUGGGCUACAGGUAAUAUGGCAGCUGUUUUAAUCGUGAAAUCUGUUGGUCUCAGCAUUGGGAUGCUAAUUUGGGGGUCCGCUGGCUUGCUAAUGGGCUGGGCCAUCUCAAGGUUUGGGUGGUUUGGAAUUGAGGCUGAGAGCGUCUCGAAGCCUUUAUUAAAUUGUUGUGGAGCUGGACUAUGUCUGAUCAGUCAUGGUCUGAUCUUUUUCUUUGUGAAAUCGGACGUGGAACUGCAUCCUAAUUCAGAGUUGACGCUGCUGCUUAUUGAUGCAAGACAAACCUUAGGAAGCUGUCAACCAGAUGACUCAGAGCUCUGGAUAGACUCCUUCAGGCCAAAAACAAGACGAUUCAUUGGUUGCCUGCUGGCUGUCUUUGCCGGUGUGCUGACCGGGUCCUCGUUUGUACCAAUCCUCUACAUCAAAAGCCACUCGUUGUGCCGUGACAGCAUGUUUUAUGGAGCCAGUCUUUAUGAGCUCGACUAUGUUCACGCAUUGUGCUCUGGAAUUUUUGUUGCAAGCACAGUGUACUUUACCGUUUACUGUGCUGCCAUGAAUAACAGGCCGAGGGUGUACGCCAGAGCCGUCCUACCAGCGCUCUUGUCUGGACUACUGUGGGCAUUGGGGACAUACUGCUGGUAUUUAUCGAGCAACUACCUGAGUGCAGUUGUUGCAUUCCCGAUUGCCUGUGCAGGAUCCGGUCUGGUUGCAGCUCUGUGGGGAUCUGUUGUCUUCAGAGAAAUUAAGGGCUUGGCCAACUGCUGCAUCUUCUUCUUGGCCUCUUGUAUCGUUGUGGCGGGCUCCCUGCUGACUGCCUUCUCAAAGCUGUGA